CUCCGUCUUUUUCAUUGGUCAUUCGCCCCAUUUAUUCAGUGCCUAUUUAGUUUCUGACAGUUCCGUUUACGUGUUUACAUUUCAUUUUGUUUCAUUGUUUACAUUCAUAUAUUCACGUAGUUCUCAUCGUAUGAUCACCCGUAGCAAAAGUAAAAUAAUGUCGGCUAAUCCCGACGCCGUUUUAGCACCUCCACAGCCUCACAGCUCUGUUCCGCAAGGCGACAGGGCACCUAGCGUUCACACGGCGCAAAGCAAAAGCAAAUCUUCUCGUUCUUCGGCGACCGUAAAAGCACAAAAAGCUGCAGCUGAAGCGAUCGCUCUGCGCCGCCGCCUGGAACGAGAGCAGCAGCUCGCCGCCCACGAGCGCGACCGUGAGCAGGCGCUCGCCGCGCGGGAGCGCGAACGAGAACUUCAACUUGCGGAGCUGCAACGGCAGGUCGAAGAGUGUGAGCUGCAAGCUGAACUCCAAGCUAUUGAUGCCGAGGCAGGGAGUAGCUGCGCAGGUCGUAGCCAUUCAGAUCAGGUGAGCGUGAAUAGAACAAAAAAAUGGGUUGAAAACCAUCCAUUCAAUGACAAUUGUGGUGAUAGGGACAUGGACAUUCCGUUCAAUGACAAUUGUGGUGAUAGGGACAUCCCUGCAGUAGGAUGCGAACCUCUCUCAGGUCCAUCUCCCGGCCAUACGGUACCACCACCGAUGGCCACUCGGGUACCUGCAUUCCCUAUGAACCUCCUUAAUCGUCAAUCGGAACCGGCAGUAGGAUGCGAACCUCUUUUAGGUCCAUCUCCCGGCCAUACGGUACCAUCACCGAUGGCCACUCGGGUAUCUGCAUUCCCUAUUAACCCCCUUCAUCGUCAAUCAGAACCGGUAAAUGCCACCAAAGCGUCCGAGGCGGCCGGCUAUAUGCCCCCGCUCUUCCCCACGGAGCUUGGCCAACCUGUUCUCCUGCAAGCGGUAGCCGACACCGCGGCCGCAGCGAAGGCUCUCGCUUCAGCUUCCAGUGUAAAGAAACUGGAAUUACCUCAAUUUUUUGGUAACACGCUGCAAUGGUUACAAUUCAAACGUAUAUAUAACGUAACUAAAAAUAACUUUUCUCCUCUAGACAACAUAAAUCGGCUCCACAAUGCGCUCCGCGGCCCCGCCCGGGACGCCGUCGCGGCGCUGCUGAUGUCCACGGAGGACCCGGAGGAGGUGAUGCGCGCUCUCGAGGACAACUUCGCCCGCCCCGAGCUCAUCGUCUACAAAGAGGUCAAUUCUUUAAAAAACCUUCCUCGCCUGGGAAACGACUUGAAAGAACUAGGAGUACUGUCGAAUAAGACUUGGAGAUCUAACAUUGAUUGGGACACCGAACUCCCACAGACCGAAUCAUCUAAGUGGUUUGAAUGGUUCCAAGAACUUUUAAAAGUUUCUUCGUUGAAGAUCCCGCGUUGGUAUUCAAAAAUAAAAGGCUCGGAACCUUCAUAUCGAGAACUGCAUGUUUUUGCGGAUGCGAGUGAGCUUGCCUACGCCUGUGUCGCAUAUUGGCGCUUAGUGUACCCUGACGGCAGCAUCGAGCUCAUUCUCAUCGCAAGUAAAACGAGGGUCUCCCCACUUAAACCUAUAUCUAUCCCGCGAUUGGAGUUACAAGCCGCUUUGAUAGCUUCUCGAUUAGCACUCGUUAUCAAGGACAGCCAUCGUAAAAAACCAACGCGUACAUAUUUUUGGACCGAUUCGAUGACUGUCCUCCAAUGGUUGCGUAGUGAUGCACGAGCGUUUAAGCCUUUUGUUGCCCACCGCCUAGGUGAAAUAUUAGAAAAUUCUGCUGUCAAAGACUGGCACUGGGUACCGACAGACUUAAAUGUGGCUGAUGACACAACUAGACUUCGUCCAAUUGAUCUAACCCUUUCACAUCGGUGGUUUUUUGGCCCAUCAUUUCUUUUAAAGUCCCCGAGGACUGGCCCACAGAGCCACUUAAUGUCACAUCAAACCUCGAAGAACUUAAAUGCCAACCAAUUGAGUCGGUGGCGGUAA